GUUCUCUUACUUGCUCCCCAAGCAAGCCAACCCAACCCACCGUACUCUAUAAAUUGAAUGCCCCCAAAUCACCGUGAACUCUCAUCCCCUGCCUGCUCCUAGGGUUUCUUGGGGGUCCGGCUUUUCUUCCAAUCUGUCCCUCCAGUCUCUGUUUUCCCCGAGCUAGCGGCCGCCGCCAUGUCGAGAAUUGGGAACAACAUCUUCUCGUUACUGGAGGGAGUAGAAUGCGACCCAUCCAAGGUCAUUGAGAACGCCAAUCUCGUCCACAAGGCUUCCCCUGCUCCUGCGCCUUCCAAGAAAGAAAAAAUUGCCCAAAAAGCAGUCUCCAAGAACGAAGCCGCUCUUGAUCUUCAGCAACACCUAUUAUAUCCAAGUCAGAAUCGACUCAGAAACCUCAGAAGGGAACGUCAGGGUAAUAACAAUGGAUAUGUUAGCAAUGGGCGCCGACAAGAAAGUAGCAGAGGGUCUCAAGAGAAGGAUGGGGAGCUGAACAACAACCACAACAUUAAUGGCGGGAGGUAUUAUGAGCAUAGGAAUGGAUAUCAGGGUGGUUCUCGAGUUGGUUAUAAUUACAAUAACCAAUAUAGGAAGAACAACAACUACAAAAAUGGAAGAGGGUACAACAAUUCUGGACAGGAGGAAGAUUGCAGGAACCAGCUGCCCGAAGUCGUGGAUCAGGGUUCUGCUUCAAAUGUUGGGGAUGAUAGCUGGCAGGAGGUAGGUUCCAGGCGCAAUGUUCAUAAACAAGCCCGAGUUUACAAUUCCGGUUAUCGCAGGCGCCGAUACCACAAUGGCUGGCAGAAUCGAGAGAAUCACAGCAACAAGAAUGGCUCUGAAAGCACGGAGAGGAACGAUACCAAUGGUGUCGAUGGAAGCGAGGUUGCGAUUAGUGCUGCUGCUGAUAUCGACAGGGAUGAUCUCCAUGGAAGCGAGAAAUCUCCACUGAUUGAUGCUGCUGCUGCUGCUGAUAUUGUGGAUGCUAAGUCUGAGAUUGGCAGUGCUACUGCAGACAGCACGAGCGAAGUUACUCAAGGAGAUGGUGGUGCCACUGCUGCUGGGUCGGAGGAGUCUGCUGAGAAGAAGUCUGAAGGGGAGGAGAAUAAAAACAAGAAGAAGAAGAAAAGAAACAACAAGAACAAGAAGAACAACAAUGGAGAUCAGUUUGAUAAGGAGAAGGAAGCACAGUCUAGAGUGGAUGACAGGAAACUGAUGACUCUUAAAGAGUACGAGAAGCUUCAGUUGCAAAAGAAGGAAGCUUUGGAGGCUCUGAAAAGCGGCGAGGCAAGGCAAGUGAGGGUCGACAAGGAUUUGGAAUCAAUGCAACUCGUGGAGAAGAAGAGGAAGGAGGAAAGUGAUGCAUCGAAGAAGAAAGAAGAGGCAGAGAAGAAGAAGGCCAGCAGCCCCGUCAUUAAGAAGAAGGGCAUCGACGAGUUUGUCAAGCAGAAGACGUGGGCAGCUGGACGUCCCCACGGCGGCGGGAACUAUCAAAACCAGGACCGGCGGAAUUAUGGCGACGGCGAGAGGUUUAACAACCAAUCCAGGGCUGGACGUGGCCGCGGGAAUUAUCAGCAUCAGCGGGAAAACUAUGGGGAUGAAAAGGUUUUCAAUGGCCGCAGGGGAAGCGUCGGUGUGAGAGGCAGGGGAAACGGCGGCGUUAAUUACAACAAUAGUUCUUCAUCCGCCGGUGUUGAUGGUGCCGCCGCGGCGACGGCGGGGGACGUUUCUGCUGCUGGCGGCGGCGCUAAGGGUGGCCCUGAAUUCGCUAUUGACCCAAAACAAUUUCCUGAGCUUCUCAGAGAAAAGUGAUUUUUGUAGACUCAAGUAGUCCGGAUAUAAAGUUUUAAUUAGAGAGUUAAAAGAGUGUUUUGUUUGCUACUUGCUAGC